AUGAGAAGAGUAAGGAAAACACCCAUAACAGAAAAGAUAAAGAAUUACCCUUUUGAUUUAUGGUUAUCCAUCAACGAAUGGACUAUGUCAAUAUAUUGGGAUGAAUACAGUCAUUUGAGUUUUGGAUUGGGGAAUUUAUUAUCGAUAUUGUUCAUUUUCAUAUCAAAGUUAAAUAACUAUUCAAAUCCUAAAGCUUCUUCAAUAUUCCAAUCUGAUUACUACAGUUAUGAUAGAAUCAAACAGAAAGCUUUCAAAGGACAAUCAGGAAAUUCUGUAUCCGCUGGAUUAGUACAAUUCUCCACUUUCAUUUUAUUUACCACUUCAAUUAUCAACACUAUUAAUCUUAUCAUCUCAGUGAAGACAUAUUCCCUUUUAAAUAGUGAAAAGCCAAACAGUCCUUCAGUUAAAGAGACUUUAUUGAAUGAAGAAUCCAAUAAAUGGUUACAUUUUCUUACAUUGAUAUUUUCUUCAUUCAAAAGAAUCGAUGAUAGUUUUAUUGAUGACAGUGGAACCACCGAUACUUCCAAUAUCGAGAUAAAUUUAUUUGAUAAAGUGGUGUACGAAAUGAAUGUUUGGGAUCCUUCAAAAUUUCAAUUAUUUUUAUUUUCAGGGUUCAAUCCUUUAAACCUCCUUAUCAUUAAACUAAUCAACGAAUUAUCCAUCUGGAAGAUUUUAUUCAUAGUAUUUAUAAUCAAUUGUCAACUUUAUUGGGUUAUCGACAGAUUCUUCAUCUUAUUGAAUGAUAAACAAAUUUUAUAUCAAGAAAUGUUCUCCGAAUAUAACAACAAAUUUGUCAAACCCAAGACGGAAAUCUUGAAACGAGAUGUAGGUAUUGAUGCUUCGAAAUAUAAUAACCAUCAUGAUGUUAUAAUUGAACAAUCGAAUCCUUUCUUCCAAAGUGUGAAACUGAAAGUUUUUAUUGCUCACGAUAUCAAUGGGAAACCUAUAAAUGUUCUUAAUCAUGAUGACGAUAGCUUCUCUGACGAAAGGAAGAAAUUUGAAUCAGAAAAAAUCAAGUUUGAAUUAGAGAAAGAAAAAUUCAAUCAAUUGAAUAAUUCGAUGAUUCUGGAUAUUGACGAAUCUUGGUUUAAUUCUACUUCGACUCCUCAUAAAGCUAAAUUACCUUCAUUGAAUAGAUCAUUCUUAGAUAAUUCUCGAUCUUUCAUUGAAACUCAAAAAUUAAGUCCUAGUAGAUUGACCAGUCCAAAUAGACCUAUAAGUCCAACAAGACAAACCAGCCCAUCUAGAAAUUCAAUCAAUCAAUCUAGUCCAAUGUACAGAUCGAUGAGUCCACCCAAAUCACCAUCGAAAAGAACUUCCAUCUCAGGAUAUCCUUCAAGUCCUAGUAGAUCAACCCAAAGUAGUAGGUAUGAAAAUAGGUACGAUAGAUCUGAAAGGAGAGAGAACAGAGACAGAGAUGAAAAUAGAUUUGGUUAUAGGCCACCAAGUCCAAGGAAAAGGUUCCGUUAA